AUGGAGGGUCUUGUCAAGGCUCAGCCAGAGCCCGGGGUCCAGGAGGAAGAGGGGAAGAAGGAAUUGGUGACCUUCAAGGAUGUGAUGGUGGACUUCACUGAGGAGGAGUGGGAGAUCAUGGAUCCUUCUCAGAAGGAGCUGUACAAGGAGAUCACGCUGGAGAAUGUCCAGAAUCUGCUGUCCCUGGAUAUGAAGUCCAACAUUGAAUGGAAUGAGAUGACUAGAAAGCUGGGACUUUUUGUGGAAAAAUUUGACCUGCAAAGAUUCAUGAAAUAUGGUCCUUGUGCCUUGACUUUGAAGGAAAUCCAUGCCUCUAACAUUGAAGUAGAUAACCUGAAGCCUGACUGUGAAUUGGAUGAAAGUAGAAAGAGAUUCAGAUAUAAUUAUAAGCUUGACCAACAUCAGAGGGUCCACACGGGAGAAAAGCCUUAUAAAUGUAAUCAAUGUGGAAAGGCUUUCACACGGGAUGCCAGUCUUGCUGAACAUCAGAGAAUAUAUACUGGAGAGAAACCUUAUAAAUGUAAUCAAUGUGGAAAGGCUUUUAUAAGGAGAGGUAGUCUUCCUCAACAUCAGAGAAUCCACACAGGAGAAAAACCUUUUAAAUGUAAUCAGUGUGGAAAGGCUUUCACCCAGAAUGCAAGUCUUGCUUUACAUCAGAGAAUCCACACUGGAGAGAAACCUUAUAAAUGUAAUCAAUGUGGAAAGGCUUUUAUAGGGAGAUCCAGACUUGUUUUACAUCAGAGAAUCUACACAGGAGAAAAACCUUAUAAAUGUAAUCAAUGUGGAAAGGCUUUUAUAGCGAGAGCCAGACUUGUUUUACAUCAGAGAAUCCACACCGGAGAGAAACCUUUUAAAUGUAAUCAAUGUGGAAAGGCUUUCACCGAGAAUGCAGGUCUUGCUUUACAUCAGAAAAUCCACACUGGAGAGAAAACUUAUAAAUGUAAUCUAUGUGGAAAGACUUUCAGAUAUAAUUAUAAGCUUGACCAACAUCAGAGGGUCCACACGGGAGAAAAGCCUUAUAAAUGUAAUCAAUAUGGGAAAGCUUUUACACAAAAGAGGAAUCUUACAAUACAUCAGAGAAUCCACACAGGAGAUAAAACUUCAUUAAUUUAA